GUCCAUCACAACGCUUGUACUACUGGUCCACCCCACAAGUUUGUGCCCAUCUCCUCGGCCUUUCCCGGCUUUGCAAGGUCACAAUUUUCUAGUGCCGUAGCAAGGACGUCGGCGGCACUUUACGCGGGUAGAAUUGGAAGUACUGUAUACUUGAACCUCCAUCAUCCCGCUUUCAACCUUCUUCCCUCAACGACACCACGGUCUUGAAAUACAAAUCCCACCAUGUCGAACAAACCCAUUUUCGUAGCGACCCAUCCGCGGGCCUGCUCAACUGCGUUUGAGAGGGUGUUUAUGACCCGACGAGACACGCUGCAAUGCGUCCACGAGCCCUUUGGCGAUGCCUUCUAUUUCGGUCCGGAGCGACUGAGUGAGCGCUACGAGAAGGAUGAGAAGGGCAGAGUUGAGAGCGGCUUCUCCGAGAGCACUUUUAAGACUAUCUUUGAUAGAAUCGAGAGGGAAAACACCGAGGGCAAACGCCUUUUCAUAAAAGAUAUAACCCACUACCUCGUCCCGCCCUCCGGCGCCCCCGCCUCCAUCGCCCCCAGCCUCGCGACCUACAAGCGCGGCGUCGGCACCGACACCACAUCCCUCCCCACCCCACCCAUCUCCUCCCCCUCCUCCGACAGCGGACCGCCAUACCCAUAUAAUACCAAGCCCGAGCCAGGCAAUCCUACCGUUGUCCCGACAGAGCUCCUGAAAUCGUUCCAUUUCACCUUCCUGAUCCGCCACCCGCGCGCCUCCAUCCCAAGCUACUUCCGCUGCACGGUCCCGCCGCUGGACGAAGUCACCGGCUUCUACAACUUCAUGCCGAGCGAAGCCGGCUACGACGAAGUCCGCCGCGUGUUCGACUACUUGCGACAGAUUGGGGAGGUGGGGCCGAAGGUUGCGGGACAGCCGGGGCAAGAGGGGAACGAAGGAAGCGGUGUCGAGAUCUGUGUCGUUGAUGCUGAUGACUUGUUGGAUAACCCGUCUGGCAUGAUCAAGGAGUAUUGCCGCAGUGUGGGGCUGGAGUAUACGCCUGAUAUGCUGAAGUGGGACUCGGAGGAGGAUCAUCGGAUUGCGAAGGAGGCGUUUGAGAAGUGGAAGGGGUUCCAUGAAGACGCGAUUGAUUCCACGGAGUUAAAGCCUAGGUUGCAUAAGAAAACGCCAAAGAGUGACGAACAGCUCUAUAAGGAGUGGACUGAUAAGUUUGGCGAGGAGGGUGCGAAUGUGAUUAAGGAGACGGUUGAGGCAAAUAUUCCGGAUUACGAGUACUUGAAGCAGUUUGCUAUCAAGGUCUAGGUGAUCGGAAUGGAUGGAUGGGUGAAACGUGGAUGAAAAGCGCUCGGUUCUUCUUUGCAUCAAUUUAAUCAGUGUUUUUGGUAUUGAUGGCUCUGGGGAGGGAAUGCUGGUGAUGUUUGGUGACUUGAAUUGCCUCGAACUCUUAGGAAAUGAUUGGAAGUCUUGAGACGUGGAAUCGAAGCGUACCAUAUACACUGGAAAAGAAUACAUCAAAACGGAUUCUGCGUCGAGUCGUUUACCCUGAACGGGAGUCCCUUUUCGAGUGUCCUCAAGUUUACACAUUUUGAAGAGUUCCUGUAAGUAUCGCGCGAUACCUCGUAGGUCACUUGUAGCAGCGCUAUCACGUCCUUGAAGAAGUUUUCCCGGAAAUUGCUAUCCAUGAAAAUCUUCGUUGCGGCAGGCCUAGUGAACUGGCACUGGAGACAUCGUUCUGUAGCGGAGCCAUAGAAAUUACCCCCUUCGAGGUAG